AUGGCUCCUGAACACGAUUUCUUCUUCAAGAUUCUACUCAUUGGAGACAGUGGAGUAGGCAAGAGUUGUCUAUUGCUUAGAUUUGCUGAUGAUUCAUGGACCGACACUCAUAUCAGUACCAUUGGUGUUGACUUUAAAAUCAAGACUCUGACCCUUGAUGGCAAGACUAUCAAGCUUCAAAUCUGGGACACUGCAGGACAAGAGAGAUUCAGAACAAUCACAUCGAGUUACUAUCGUGGCGCUCAAGGUAUCAUAUUGGUGUACGACUGCACCGACCAGGACUCAUUCAACAACGUAAAGCAGUGGAUGGGCGAGAUCGAUAGAUACGCCUGCGAGAACGUCAACAAGCUGUUGGUCGGCAACAAGACCGAUCUGGCCAGUGAGAAGGUUGUGGACACCAACCAGGCCAAGGGCUUUGCCGAGAGCAUGGGCAUCCCCUUCAUCGAGACCAGUGCCAAGAACGCCACCAAUGUCGAGGAGUGUUUCAUCUCCAUGGCCAGAGACAUCAAGAACAGACUGGCUGACAUCAAUCAGGAUGGCGGCAAGAGCGAAGGUGGCAUAGCAAUCAAUCCAUCAGUAAAGUCUGGUGGCAAGAGGAAGAAGAUUUGUCUCAUCUAG